UGACUGACUUGACAUUUUGUAAACAUUGUCUAAAUUAUCCUAUAUUGUCAGGUAUCUUAAGGUAUGUAUUGAAUUUCCCAAACGGCCCAACCGCAUUCCAAUCGCAUAAACUCGUCCAAACGCAAAUAACAUAUGAUUGGAAUGUUGUUAUAACUUAUAGUUACUACAGGUACAUCAUAUGGAGGGAUUAGGGAAGAUAAACGAAAUAUUGUAUUAAUAAUCCUCAUUUAAUUUUAUUAACAUUAUGAAGGUCCCGCGCGUAUAGUAGGCGUAUUGCGUAUACCUAUAGGUAUAUUAUACAUUAUAUAUUUAUAUGUAUUACAUUAUGUAUACAAUGUACCUACAUACCUAUUUAAUGAUUAAUGACUAUAAUAAUAUAUAGGUAUAUAAAGAAGAAUGAGUUUAUUUUCGUAGUACACUAAUACCUGCUAUACCUGUAUGAUGGGAGUCGGACGUUAGUGCGUGCUUAGAUAAAUUCGCAGGUCAUUAUAUCUAAUAUUAUCAUGAGUGAUGAUGAUUCAAAAACUUUAGCCCAAAAUGACGAUAAUAAUACAAAUGACAUAAAUCAACAAAUAGACACCGGUUCUGAUCAAAAUGUUUCACAAAAUCCAAAUGACCCGCCAAACCCAAGUCCGCAAUCAUCCACAUCUAACGUUGUCAAUCAAAGGCGAACUAGUUUACAUCCAUUAGAAGAAGUAGAGCUCAAUAGAAGAGUUAAAAGAAAGAGGACCUCGUCUGCUUACGGCGGACAACCUUUAUCUGCGGAAGAAAACAAUAAUGAGGAGAAUCAAAGUCAACGAUCACCACAGCAGUCUACAGCCGAUAAUAAAAGUACGCAUAACAUAAGUAGAUCCUCGUUGUUGUAUGAAGGUUAUAGUUCAGUGACGUCGAUCGAUAGCAGAUACUUAGAUAGCCGUCGUACAAACGAAAAAUGGAAAGAUAUUGUUGUGUUCAUGUACACUGAACCAUCAAUAAUGUUUUAUUCCAAUAUUUUUUUAAUGAUUAGCGGUGUUAUGAUAAUUAGUGCAAUAUUUCAGCUUGGACUUGGAAUAACAAUGAUCAAUAGAGUCAUCGAUCAACAUACUAUGGUAAAAAAAGAAAUGAAGUUGAGUUUUUUAAGUUAUGGCAUUCAAUCAGAUGUCACACAACGUUGGAAUUCAUUUCAGUCGGAGUUAUCAUGUUGUGGAUUACAUGGUGGGAAUAGUUACAAAUCAAAACAAUUACCAAUUCCAGAAUCAUGUUAUAAAGAACAGCGGAACCUUAAACAGUAUGCUAAAAUAAAUAAUUGUCAUAUGGGUUGUUUUGAUAAAGUGAAAAAACUUGAGGAAAAGUUUUUGGAUCCAGUCAUCAUUCUAACAUUUUUAUGUUCGUUUCUACAAAUGUCCAAUGCUAUUUUGAUUUUGAAUUUGUUAAGACCUAAACCAAACCCAAGAAGAUACCACGUUGCUUAUAGAAUGACAUAAUCUAGCAAAUAAUAAAAAUAUUUUGUUUGUUAAUAUUUUGGGAAAUAGAAAGGUUAGAAACAAAAAAAAAUUGCUUUCCAAGUCAGGGAUCGGCAUGUAAACUUUCUUGAUUUUUAGUUUUUAGAAAUUUAUUAACUGAUACCACACCCAAGCGGCCAAGUGGUAUAACAAUUUGAAUCCAGAAAAAUGUCGGUGUGAAUAGCCAUUUUUAUUUUCAUUUAGUGAGAUAGAUCUCCGAAACCGGAGAGUGGAUUUCGUUGUUUGGAUUCUUAUUAGAUUCACAUUGGUUAUGAGAAGUACAGUGAAGAUUUUCAGAACUUUAUCUUUAAUAAUUAAUUCACUACAGAACAUUAAAAAAAAUUAAAACAAA